AUGGAUGAGAGGGGUUUGAACAGGUUCCAGGGACAUCUUGACCCUAGGGCUCAAGAAUUCUUCCCCACUACCACUUUACCUUUACUUCCGCUCCAAAUUUACUAUCCGUACUUUUCUCCGCCAUGUCCGCCGCACAUGGGGUACGCCGACCCGCAGUUCGCCAACCCACCGCCUCCACCGGUGUGCAACACAGAACCGUUGCUGGUUUCUUUGCCGCCUUCGUCAUCGACGCCGACGAGGACUCUGAUACUCACCAUGGUUCCGACCGACGUCAGCGAGUCGACGUUGAGAAGAGAAUUAGAGGUGUUCGGUGAUGUUCGGGCCGUACAAAUGGAGCGGCUGAGGGAGGGGGUGGUGACGGUCCAUUUCUACGACUUGAGGGACGCACAGGCGGCGCUACUGGCAAUACAAGAUCAGCACAUGCAGCAGCAGUGUAGGCUGGGCCGCCAUUAUGAAGCCCUUUUGCAAGCUCAAAACAAUUCGAUUCCUCUAAUGUCUAUACCCCUUCCGCCGCUUCCUCCUCCGGCGCGUGGCCUUAUUUCCAGCGUUGUUGUGUGGGCCCAGUUCACCUCUCCGGUGACCUCCGCCCUUCCUGAAGGAACGAAUCAAGGCACUAUCGUACUAUUCAAUCUAGACCCUCAAGUUUCUCCAACCAAUCUCAGAGAAAUUUUCGAAGUCUUCGGGCCCGUGAAGGAAUUGAGAGAGACACCAAAUAAGAAAAACCAAAGGUUCGUGGAGUUCUAUGAUGUGAGAGAUGCAGCAAAGGCCGUUGCAGGGAUGGAUGGCGAAGAAAUUUAUGGCAAACAAAUCGUGAUUGAAUUCAGUCAACCCGGUGGACGAUUACCCCGUCCCUCUCAAUUUAAUCGAUUCAAUUCUACAAGAAAUUCCUGGUCGAGAAUCCCACCACCAUCUCCUCCACCGCGCCAGCAGCAUAGAAUAUCCGGCCGAGUACUGACCAAUGUGCCGCCAAGAAGUUACAAUUCAAGAACAGAAUUAUCGAGGAAAUCAAGUUUUUUGUGUGGUGGCAGCAAGAGUUCUAGUAGUGGAUCGCUACGCCAAUCAAUAGCUUCUUUGUAUAUUAGUGGUGGUGGAUAUGAAGAGUUCUCCAAUAGUUGUACUAAGAAACUAAACAAGAAGAAUAAGAAAGAAGUAAACACUGGAGGUGGAAAUGGUGGCACUGGCGGUGGUGCAAAUUCGAAGACUAAGAGUGGGCGGUGGAAGAGCGGCGGCAAUGGCAGCGGCGGUGGAGCAAAAUAUGGUAGAGAUUAUGAUACUCGGUUUUUGAUAAACGAAGAUGCGAUUAUGCAAUCGAAUUGCAGGGAUUCCAGAACUACUAUCAUGAUGAAAAACAUCCCCAACAAGUACAGCCAGAAGCUGCUUCUGAACAUGCUAGACAACCACUGUAUUCACUGCAACGAGCAGAUUGCCGACGGCGAUGAUCAGCCACUGUCCGCUUUUGAUUUCGUCUAUCUCCCCAUUGAUUUCAUCAACAAGUGCAAUGUAGGUUACGGGUUCGUGAAUAUGACUUCCCCAGAGGCAACAAUGAGACUCUACAAAGCAUUUCAUAAUCAAAGCUGGGAAGUUUUUAACUCGAGAAAAAUUUGUGAAGUCACCUAUGCUAGAUUACAGGGAAUAGAAGCAUUGAGAGAGCAUUUCAAGAAUUCAAAGUUUCCGGGGGAUGCGGAGGAGUACAUGCCGGUGCUGUUUUCACCGCCGCGAGAUGGGAAGAGAUUGACGGAGCCAAUGCCAGUAGUUACCGGCGGACGUUCGGUUUGUAGCGACAGUCCACCGCCGCUGUUGCUGUCUUCAUCAUCUCCCGCGGCCAGUUCGGAGGAAUCAGAAUCGAGUUAUGAACAUAAUUGA